AUGGCAAAAAGAUCAGGAUUACAAAGAGAAGUAUUAAAAUUAUAUCGAAUGAGUAUAAGAUGUAUAAAAACUAAACCACCACAAACUAGAGAACAUUGGAGAUCAUUCAUACAUGAAGAAUUUGGAAAAUAUAAAGGAAUACCCAAAAUUCAGUUCAAUACGAUUGAACAUUUGAUAAGAACAGGUUAUAAAAGAUAUGAAAUGUUUUCAAAUCCUCAAAUAAAGGAUAUCCAUUGA